AUGGAGGAGGAGGAGAAAGCCACAGGAAAGCAGCAGAUGACGGAUCACCUAUCUUAUGUCGAGACCAUCUAUGUGCCUUCCAAAGCUGUGGUGGAAGCUGCAAAGGCCAUGGAGAGGAAACGCCAGCUGGGAGCCAGGCGAAUCAGUGGAGGCCCAGCUGACAGGCCCUUGCCAAGCCAUGAUGAAGGAAGCAGUGGAGAUGACAACCCAGUGGUAAGGGCACCCAUCCGCCCUUUUGCCAUCAAAGCCAAACUCAUAGUGCCUGAGACGGGGGUAGAAGGGGAAGUUGAGGCAAUCGUGGACACAGGCUGCACCCGAUGCUUAAUCAGUAUGUCUAUGGUGGAGCAGCUAGGCAUACGCACAAGACCCCUCCUAGCCAAUCCCAUUUGGGUUGAGCAAGUGGAUGGGACGCUAAUUGGAGAUGGCCCUGCCAAAGUAAUUACUGAUUUGCCCCCUCUUGACUCCGUCCGUGGCAAGCAGUCCUGUUCCCUCCUGACCGCCACCGAGGACUUCAACAUCAUUCUCUACCAUUACAACCUCACCGGACGGCUGAGCCACCGGCGUCCCGAGGAAGACCGCCUCGACGUCCUCAAGAUCAUCAUCAUUGCCGCCAGCUGCCUCAUCAUUUUGGAGAACCUGGUGGUCCUGCUGGCCAUCGUCCUGAAGGUGAGAAGCCGGCGUUGGAUCUUCACCUGCCUGGCCAGCAUCUCCUCCAGCGACCUCCUGGCCGGCAUCGCUUACUUGAUCAACCUCUGCUUGUCGGGCCGGAAGACCUUCCAGCUGUAUCCCUACAUGUGGUUUCUCCGCGAAGGGAUCCUUUUCAUCGCCUUGGCGGCCUCUACCUUCAGCCUGCUGGUGACGGCCAUCGAGCGCUUCAGCGUGAUGGUGAGGCCCAUCGCAGAAAGCGAGUCCGUCAAGACCAACCGCCUCCGGAACUGCAUCUUCUUCUCCUGGUUCCUGGCCUUCGUGAUUGGCCUGCUUCCGUUGCUCGGCUGGAACUGCAUUUGUGACGUGCCGCACUGCUCCACCUUGCUGCCGCUUUACGCCAAGAAUUACAUCCUUUUUAUCGUCGUCCUGUUCAGCAUCAUCCUGGUGGGCGUGGUGAGCCUCUAUUGCUCCAUCUACUGCUGGGUCGGCCGAAGGGUCAAACUGGGCUUCUCCAGCGGCGGCCCAAAGAGGUCCCUGCGGCUGCUGAAGACAGUGCUCAUCAUCCUCUUAACCUUCCUGGUCUGCUGGAUCCCUCUCUUCCUGCUGCUGCUGAUCGACAUCUUCAACGGGAGCAAAGCGCUGAGGCUUCAGAAGGUCUUUGGCUGGUUCGUGACCUUGGCCGUCCUCAACUCCUUCAUCAACCCCAUCAUCUACUCUUUGAAAAGCAAAGAGGUGAGGAGGGCUGUGGGGGAGCUCCUCUGCUGCUGCUGCAUCUCGGCCGGGUGGCAAGGCCCCCGCGGCUGCCUUGCCCCCAGCGACCACCUCCGCAGCUCGUCCACGGAGGUGGGGAGUUCCUUGAAGGUGCGCGAGAGCUUCCGCAGCCCGCCGAUUGAGAAACGGACUGCCAGGAAAGAGCCUCUCUCCAGCAACUCCAGCGUAUUGAGUGCUCUGGUGGUCAGUGAUGGCCGUGGCCAACCUUACCAGCAAGGUUAGAAAAUGGGUCUUCUGCAACGUACAGAGACCUUUGAAUGGCUGGUGCCCGAUGGGGGGACUUGCUCGGUCCAUUGCCCUCUCGAUGACCGGUGGUCAGCCACGGCCUGAAAUGCAAAGGUCGUCCUGUUCCAAGCCGGUCUUCCUUGGGCAACCUCAAUUGCACACGUUCUGAAGAGGUUCCUUGUUCUCAACUUUCCUGGCUGAUGUCAUGCCUUCCUUCCCUUUCAUCCUGCUCUUCGGUCUUGGCUUUUGACGAAACCCUUCCUUUUCACCGGCCGAUUUCUUGCAGGACUCGGUGCCUCUGUAGGAACGGAACUGAAUCUCAAAAGCUGGACCGGCAUAUUCUAUGACUAAGGUACAGGUUCCCCUCGCACAUAUAUAUGCUAGUCGUUCAUGACUCUGGAGAACAGUGCUCAUCUCCAUUGCAA